ACUGUGUUAGACACUAGAGAACUGAUGGGAGUUUGGAUUCCAGGCUUUGGAACAUUCACUUUCAUGAAGGAAGAUACUGACGUGGAAAACAAUAAGUUUCUUCCGAUUCAGAGACCAAUGUUCAUCCUGGCAAAGAAAUUAGUAUGGCUCCAUGGACUCAAACAAAACAAAAUGGAUACUCCUGGUGAUAUCCCAGUGGUUCUGAUUAAUUCUGCCAGCAUAGCCCUGGGCACUUCACUUAGCAGAAACACAGUGGAGCAUUGUAUCAAGAAGACACUGCAUGUUUUUUUCAUUAUCCAUUUCCUCCAGAGAAAGUGUGGAGUCUAUUUUUAAAGACUUUGUUUCUACACUGGAUGCAAGUGGGACUAUGGAAAAAGCCCUCACUAAUGUAAAUUAAUGUUUUCCUUCUCCAAACCCCUCUUCCCUAUCAACAUUUUGAAUUACCUUUGUGUCAUUAUUAAGAAAAAUUCAGUUGACAUUUUAUUUA